AUGAUAUUACUUGGGGAAUGUGUCACAUCGUCCAUAGAAGAACUUCGUUCAAAUGUUGGAACACUAGAAAAUACCGUCAGCAUGUUACGUGACUAUUUCGAGUAUGAAACAGCGAAAAUCGACGAGAUUCGAGUGAAUUUGAAUUCGACGCUUAAGGUCGAUGUGAUUGAAACAAAGAACAUUGCGGUGUCGAUAGAUGACGCGCUUCUUUUUGUACAAGGUCUUUAUAAAUCACUGACUGACACUCAAAAGUCAGGUUUUGCUGAAAUGAAGCUGAUGGAUCGGUUUGAGCUGCUUGUCAAUCUCAUGUCUGUUGCCGAUUUGAAAAAGAUCAACACAUGGAUUACAUCGAUAAUUACAAAUGCCAAAGUUGGCAUUCUGCCAGACACUGUGGAUGACCUUGUCUACAUUAUGGAGAUUCUUACUUUCGUAGUCAGCAGCUGGAGCCGAAAUACUUCACAAGCUUUGCAAUCGUUCUCGCUUCUCUAUCAUGCAAUUCUGUCUAUGAGUAUGCAGCUUUUCGAGAAGGGCUAUGUGAAUCCGAUACCGAAGGCAGAAAAGCAAGAAUCUGGCCAAGGAGAGUCCACCGAAACUGGCGAAGGUGGAGGCAUGGGUGAAGGAGAGGCUAAAGGAGAUGCGAAGGAUGUCACAGAUGAAAUGGAAGAGAGCGGACAGAUUGAAGGGCUCCAAGACGAGGAGCAAGAACCUCCGACUGGCGACGCUGGUCAGAAUGAAAAACCAAUUGAGAUGGAUGAGGAUUUUGCUGAAGAUCUGCAAGACAUUGAUCGUAAUGAGAAAGGAGAUGAUGCUAACUCUGGCGAAGAAAGUGAAGAAGAGGCGGAACCUGAGGAUAAAAUGGGUGAAGUUGACAAUGCCGAAGACCAGCAGCUCGAUCCGAAACUCUGGGAUGAGGAAGAAAAGGACAAAGAGAAUAAGGAUUUGGACCAAGACAGUGCAGCCGCUGAAAAUAAAACCAACGAGUUAGCGGCGAAGGACGAUAGUGAAGUCGUAGCAGAUGAGGGAAAAACUGAGGAAGGCAUUGAUGAAGGCAACGAUGACAAUGAAACUCCUGAAAACGAUGUUGAGAACGUCGACGAACGCGAUGUAGAGAAAGACGCUGAGGAUAUGGAUGUUGGAGAAGACAGUCAGAAAGUAGAAGAGAGCAAAGAGGAAGCAUCAGAUGAGGUGGCCCCCAUAGAGGAAGAGCCUGUUGAGGGAGACUUGACUGACGAAGAAGACGCUGAGAAAAACUCUACUGAAGAUGGGAAUCCUGAAGAAGAG